GUACUAGGGUUUCAUGAAAACUGGUUUUGGGUUUUGAUUUAGGAUUUUAUAUUAUCAAUUUUUGGUACUGAUUUUUCUCUAAUUCUCCUUCUUAGGGUUAGUUUGGAAGUCCAUUUGGGGGAGUCGUUGUGCUCAAAGAUGGAAACCGUUGAAGCGUACGUUUCUUCAUCUCAAACUAGUGAAUCUGCUUAUACUUCUUCAACUACUCAAGAUAAUGUUGCUGUUAAGCCAAAGUUGAUGGUAAAUGUAGAUGAGUUUGGGCUACUUGUUGGUGAAAAUGUAGACAAAUUAGCUACUCGGGCUGGCAAACUUGUCCGAGUAUAUUUUCCGGUGAAAUACUUGAGUUGGACAAAGGUUCCAGAUAACUACAAAGAUGAUGUGUAGUUUAAGUUAACGCAAGAAUUCGAAUUCAAUGUGCCAAAUCAUUUGGCCAAGCCAAGUGUUAUGCGGUCUCUUCCAAAAAAGUUUAGGAAAUUUAAAUAUGAUUUAAGAAAUGGUCCUCUCCUAGGCAAAGUCACCAUGCAAGAGAAGUUAGAUGCAUGUCCUGAUGAUUAUGACACUAACUGGUGGAAAGUUUUUGUUGAGAAUGAAAGCAAACCUGGUGUUAAGGAAAAACAUGAAAAAUAUGCAGAAAACCAAAAGAAGAGGACCUUACAUCACACAUGUGGUCGAGAGUCGUAUGCAAAUAAAAUCCACAAGCUCGCUAAAAAGGAAGGUUUAGUAGUGGAGGCUGCACGAGGGCUUGCUUGGAUGGAUGGACAUGUUGGAAAAGAUGGAACAAUCAAUAUUUCAGCUGUCGAGAAAUACGAACAAGUAAAGGCCGCUAGAGCUAAGAGGAAGGAGCUAAUCGAUGCAGGAUUGAUAUCCGCUUUAGACUUUCAGAACGAUGAAAUUGUAGAAGUUUUUGGACCUGACAAUCGCAUAACUGGUUUGUUGGGCUAUUCUCCACUUCUGUCAAAAAAGCAAGCCUUAUAUGCUAGUGUUGCAACUGCAGUUAUGGCAGCAAAAACAACCCCAACCAGUAAUGCACCAAGGACCGAUCAUAUGGACGAGGCCCUACUGCAAAAACAUACUGAACUGAUCACCAAUGUUGUGAUGCAAGUUAUGGCAAAGCAGCAACAAAACCAACAUUCUGCUGGCCACAACGAUAUUAAAUUUCCUGAUCGCAACAGAAACCCAGGUACUGUUGGUAUGGAAAAUCCUAAUGGAAAUCAGUUGGUGCUUCUUUACAAGAGAAAAAGGGAAACUGUUGCCACAGGUCAUGUUAUGUAUGGGACAGAAGGAGAGUACUGUCAUGGAGUCUUGUUGUAUGAAGAUGAGAGGAAGGUGUGUCUUGAGACGACUGAGGAUGGUAAUUGUCCUGUACCUGACAGUCCUCAAGGUGAUGAUUGCUAUUAUUUGAAACAGUUUGUUGCAAAAGAAUGGGUAGUUUGGCAUGUGUCGCGUAUGGAUUUUGUGGAGUCUGGUUGUGAAUGAGAAAUUUUAGAGUUACUACUUUUUGUGCAAUGGAGGCGUAUGGAGUCUGGUUGUGAAUGAAAACUUCUUGAGUUACUACUUUUUGUGCAGUGGAGGCGUAUGGAAUCUGGUUGUGAAUGAAAACUUCUUGAGUUACUACUUUUUGAGCAAUGGAGGCGCUGGUUGUGAAUGAAAACUUCUUGAGUUACUACAUUUUUGUGCAGUGGAGACAUAUCUUGCAUUUUGCUUUGAGGAGCACACGGAAACUUCUUGACUUACACUUUUUGUGAUGUUUUGCAUAAUUACUUUUGUAUGAAGUCACUUUGUGCUCCUUGUAUGUAAUGGAUAUGAUUUCAUAAUAUAUAUUGUAUAUUUCCUGUGUUC